AUGCAUGCUGCUGAAGCCGCCAUCAUCUCAAAUUUCCUUGGGCGUCCUGCACCUCUGAUCAGAUGCUGGUCACGACUCCGCCUCCCACAUGGUCAGAUUGCUCGUUCGGCAUGGAAAGAAAACGAGUCAUCUGCUGAGUAUAUACGAAUUUCACGCAAUUUCAAGUUCCGUCGCAACAAUGUUGAUGAGUUUGCUGAAGUCUUGUACUUCACACAAUUAGCUGUUCAAGCUAUACCCAAACUCACAUGGGCCAAUGUUGCUAUGGUAUCUGUUUAUUCUCGCCCUGACCAGCAGCUCCUUGACUUAUCACAUGGAACCGUGUGGUCAUGUACACAUGAUGGUGACAAAAAUCUCCAACUUAUUGAUGUCCAAACCAUCACCGCUGUUGUUGCAAUGAUUCCCCAUUGUCCCACUUUACCAUCUGGCAUCAUGGAAGAUAGGUAUUUCAUGGUUGAGAAGACUGGGCUUGAUGUCACACUAACAGGAGUUGAGGUCGAAGAGGAUGAUCAAGAGGAACAGGAUGAUUAA